AUGGGGUCUGUCAACACACCGGCUACUCCUACGACACGCGCGACCUCACAACACAAUCACAAUCACUCCACAUACGAUGGGACGCACCCGGCCUCGUAUGGGGUCUGUCAACACGCCGGCUACUCCUACGACACGUGCGACCUCAAUACAAUCUCCCCUCAUACGACGGGACGCACCCGGCCACGUAUGUGGUCUGUCAACACACCGGCUACUCCUACGACACGUGCGACCUCACAACACAAUCACAAUCACUCCACAUACGACGGGACGCACCCGGCCUUGUAUGUGGUCUGUCAACACGCCGGCUACUCCUACGACACAUGCGACCUCAACUUUGGGCCUGGCUACAUUCUCAUAAGCCCGCACACAAUAAUAUCUCCCCUCAUACGUCGGAACGCACCCGGCCACGUAUGGGGUCUGUCAACACACCGGCUACUCCUACGACACGUGCGACCUCACAACACAAUCACAAUCACAAUCACUCCACAUACGACGGGACGCACCUGGCCUUGUAUGGGGUCUGUCAACACGCCGGCUACUCCUACGACACAUGCGACCUCAACUUUGGGCCUGGCUACAUUCUCAUCAGCCCGCACACAAUAA